AUGCCUCCCAAAACGGGCGGAGUCACUAAACCACAACGCGCGUCGCGUCGGAAGAUCGCCCUCGCCUGCGAUGUUUGCCGAGAGAAGAAGACUCGGUGCGAUGGCGUGAAACCCACAUGUGGUCCAUGCCUACGACGCCCCCAUGGCGCUCGCGGUUGCGUAUAUACCAUGGAUAACGCCAGAACUGCAAGUCAAGAUGAGUACAUGCGCGCCUUGCACCUACGGAUUCAGGAACUUGAAGAUGCAUGCGCUCGAGCUGGAGUGUCAUUAUCUGCAACGGAAGGGAGCUCUUCGGGUGUGAGCCUUUUAGCAGAACAACCACAACAUGAGCGUCAGUCUCCGGCGUCGUCUCGAGAGCUUCAAGGGGGACAGGGAAGUAUCGACCACGCGAACAGUGUCCUUCAUGGUGUACAACCCACUGCCACCGUACCAGAAACAAUACAUAAUCAUGGAACAGGAGAGGUAGACACCUUCGACGACGACCCCCGCUCUGCGUCGCCGCACUUCGAAAGCCCUGGUCAUGUUACGGGAAUGGGCCAGAUAUCCGCACCGGACGGGUGUUUGCGUACGCCUGCACCUGUACCUGCCAAAGAGUACUAUGGCUCCUCCUCCACUGCCUCACUCAUGCGCUUCGCGCGGAUGACUCUACGCCCACAUUCAUCGGGGCCGAUUGGCGCAGACUCUCAGGGCACUCCUAAUUAUGAAUUCCAGGAGUCUGCGAACACCUGCUAUCGACCGGAUGACUAUACACUGCCCCCCCGCUCGGUGGCUGACCAGCUACUCGAAUAUUACUGGGACCGGGUAGCUUGCAUAUACCCCUUUUUUGACAGGUCUAACUUUGAACUGGCGUACCAGAACCUCUGGAGGUCCGAGAAAGAACCCAUGAAUCAAUUGUCGAAACUUAACAUCGGUCUGGGUGGGCAGUUCGACUCAGGCCCUAGAUCGAUUGUGUUUCACGCGGCCUUGAAUGCCAUGUUCGCGCUGGCCUGCCAUUUCGCGGAGAUCCCAAUUCAAGAACGAGAGUCGACCGCCCACUCCUUCUUCCUGCGAAGCAAACGGUUCAUUGGUCUAGACAUUCUGGAGCAUAACACGAUCGGGGUAGUCCAAACGCUUCUCCUCACCGCCCUGUAUCUGCAGAGCACCCCGUAUCCCAGUCGAUGCUGGAAUGCAAUCGGUUUGGCAUGUCGAAUCGCGCAGGGGCUGGGCCUGCACAAAAAUGACAGUCGCUUUCCGUGCACCUCGUUGGAAGGUGAUGUGCGCCGGCGAACAUGGCAUGGUUGUGUAAUGCUCGACAUCCUAGUCAGCAUGACACAUGGCCGACCCAGCAUGACUAGUCAUCUCGCCUUUCUUCCACUGCCGCGUUCUUUAGACGCUUCUGUGUCACCUGAAACCGAAGCAACACGAUCAGAAAUGAGCUUCUAUGUUGCGUCAAUUCAACUACACCAAAUUCUCGGCAAGAUCCUAUCUGACGUGUAUAAUACAUGGAAUAGCCAGUCGGAGGAGGACCCUACCCCCUCGAAUCUCCCGAAAGACUUCAACGUAGAUAAUGUGAUCGAGCUGGAGAAACAGCUUCAUGUCUACAAGUCCACUUUACCAUCAUAUCUUGACUGGACCGUGCCAAGGUCGACAUAUGGCGGCACAGAGCCCUCCCCCACUUUGGAACGGCAGCGGAAUGUUCUCCACGUACGGUACUGUCACAUCCGCCUCCUGCUUUACCGACGUAUCUUCACUCAGUGCUACUCAGAGACGGCUUCACACAGUGCUCAAGGCGAUGGGAGUGAGCCUGGUCGUGUCCCGCUCACCCAAAACACCGACAAUACACUUUACUCCUGCAUUGCGGAUAAAUGUGCCGAGACCUGCGUUAUGACCGCAGUCGAUCUCAUUCAAGCGGUCUACGACACCUGCUGGACUACAUUUACAGGUGCAUGGUGGUACAAUGGUUUUUAUACAACCACCGCAGCACUCGUCCUGGUCAUGUCCUACUCGAUGCCAUCGUUGUUGAGGUCGAUAGGCGCCUCUCUGAUCCAAGAAAGCUGGGCCAAAUGUGAAAGGAUCCUUGGAGACAUGGCGACUUACAGCCACUCGGCGCGAACCUCUCUCCACUUCUUGCAGACCACCUUCAACCAAGUCGCUAGCCGCUGUCAGCCCUCUCCCGAACCCAGUGUGAACGCUGCAGACGGCACAAGUAGAGUUGUUGCGGAAUCUUACGCUCUCACCAUCCAUCGAGAUGUGAACUUGCCUGACUCGGAGGAAGUGCCAGAGAACUCCCUGACUUCGAACCUGUGUUCAUACUCUGCCGAUAACAAUCUGAGUGCAGAAAACCUUGGUCUCUUUUCAUGGGUGGAUGUUCCGGACUUACCGCCGUGGCUAGGUAGUGGUGAAUUCUGGUCGGGAGAUCCAAGCCACUGA